AAGAAUCGUGCUUGUGAGUGCUUUAUCGCACGAAUUUUUGUCCCUCCUUUUUCAUGGCGGAAGCGAUCUUCUGCGGUAAUGGUCCGGCAUGUUGAAAUUAACCAUACCUUUAAACAUCCAUUUGAGAAAGUGAUCAGUGCCUACUUUCAAAAGUACACAUGUGGUAAGGAUUCCAAUGUGACCUCCAUAACAGUACUGCAACACAAAACAGACCCAGAAACUGGAGAAGAAUAUAUGUUAAGAAGAGGAGAGUGUGUGAAUGUUUUGCCUGGUUUCUUUAAAAAGCUAUGUCCAUUCCCAGCAAUUCAAGUAGAAGAGGAAGCAUGGCUCAAUAGUAAGGAGAGACAUCUUCGUCUUCAUAGUUAUAGCCUUACAUGGUCUAAAUAUGCAUCCCUGGAAGAGUUCAGCACUUUUAAAGCAUGUGAAAACAAUCCAAACUGGACAUCAUUUGAGCAGCAUGGUAGUAUCAGUGUUUAUGGUGUUGGCUCAUUUAUUGGAGGAAUGAUGGAAUCUUUUGGACAGUCAUUUCUUCAACAUGGAGCAAACAAGGGUUUUAACAUUAUGGAAGAUCUGAUAAUGACAAUGAGUGGAAGGUAUACAGAAGCAUGAAAGAGUCAGCCUUGACUAGAGCACAUAGUUUUAGUUCUGCUAACCAAUUUUUUUUACAAUUUUUUUUAUGCUGAAAGAUUUUUUUGAGUUCUCAUUAUGAAAUGAAAACAACCUGUUCAUUUUAAGACAGCACAAUGGUGUGGAAAGUUCACACUGAGAUGUUACCGAGUAUUCUUUCAUUAGUUAGGGCACUUUUGUAAGGACCAAAAAGUCUCUGAUUGCUUUCAAGAAAGCAACAUUCUUUCUUGAACUUUUGAAGUCCUCAAUGUAAUAUAUUUACAGAUUAAAAAUGUAUGAUAUGAGGAAAAAAAAAAACAAAAUUGGUUGGUCCAAUUACAGGUUGUCAGUUAA